GCAUAGUGACAUGAGUUUCUUCUAUAGUGACUCCCCUUUAAGAGACGAGGGAUGCGACGUGUGUCACCCAACCCUGUUCCAAGCACCCGCUGGGGGAGGAGAGUCUGGAUGGACGUAUAGAUAGGCCAAAUAAAUAAACAAACGACAGGAGCAGGAGGAGGGGGAGGAAAGAGAAAAAGGAAAUUCCCUUCUGUCUUUUCCUCUUCCCGAGCAUCUUGCGCUGCGCAGUGUUGGCGACACCACCGGGGAGCGGUGCGCAUUUUCUGUCGAUCUGAGGACAGGAGCCACAUCUCCGCGCCUGAAACUGACUGAAACACCGCAAUCUGACAGCCAGAGGAGGAAACUGCGGGUUCUUCUCUUAUUUUGAAAGCUUCUUUUUAAUGCACUGACGGUGGAGCAGAGACAGCCAAACCUGAUGCCCCCUCCAAACGGGAUAUUCGGCCGACCUAUGGAGUGUUGAUUUACAGUCGUUUUCACAAGAAUAUUUUUGAGGACACGCGGAGGAGCCUCGCUUGCACCGCGUUUUUCAUUGGCCUAUUUUUGCAUUAAAUUGCUGCGGGGUGAGAAAAUAGCUUUCAUUGCCAGUUGAGUGUUACAUAACCGAGUGGCAUUAGCUGUCCAAGGUGCUGAACUGAACGGUCGGAGCCUAUAACGGGACGAGCCGAGGGGAAUUCACAACCUUGCAAGGUCACGGGCCUAUCAAUCCGGGGAAGAGGAAAGGAGAGCAAGGGAUCCGCUCCGGGAAGCAGCCGGGUGAUAUAUUCAUAUUCAUAUUUCCUCGGCCCUGUGGGUGAAACACAUUCCUGAGGUGGUCGAUUCAGCGGAAAGAAAAUGUCGGGGCAAACGCUCACGGAUCGCAUCGCCGCUGCGCAAUACCAGCUAACGGGAUCAGAUAUGGCCCGGGCUGUCUGCAAAGCCACCACUCAUGAAGUGAUGGCGCCCAAGAAAAAGCACCUGGAGUACCUGGUGUCAGCCACCAACACCACCAAUGUGAACAUCCCUCAAAUGGCUGACACACUGUUUGAGCGAGCCACAAAUGCCAGCUGGGUGGUUGUCUUCAAGGCCCUCGUCACCACUCAUCACAUGUGUGUCCACGGCAACGAGAGGUUCAUUCAGUACUUGGCCUCCAGGACCUCUCUCUUCAACCUCAGCAAUUUUAUCGACAAAACCGGCUCUCAUGGCUACGACAUGUCUACAUUCAUCAGACGGUAUGGGCGGUACCUUAACGAGAAAGCCUUCGCUUAUCGCCAGAUGGCUUUUGAUUUCACCAGAGUCAAGAAGGGUGCUGACGGCGUGAUGAGAACCAUGACCACUGAGAAGCUGUUGAAAGGCAUGCCUGUUCUGCAGACUCAGAUUGACACACUCCUGGAGUUCGAUGUUCAUCCCAAGGAGCUGAACAAUGGGAUCAUCAAUGCUGCAUUCCUACUUCUCUUCAAGGACCUGGUCAAACUGUUCGCGUCCUACAAUGACGGAAUCAUCAACCUAUUAGAGAAAUACUUCAAAAUGAAGAAGAGUGACUGUAAGGAGGCCUUGGAGAUCUACAAGAGGUUCCUGACCAGGGUGACAAAGAUUGGGGAAUUCAUGAAGCUCGCUGAGACAGUUGGAGUCGACAAAAAUGACAUUCCUGACAUCAACUACGCUCCCAGCAGUAUCCUGGAGAGUCUGGAAACACACAUGAACGGCCUGGAGGAUGUGAAAGGAGGAAAGAAGGGGUCUCCAACAAAGGGGUCUCCGACAAACAAUGUGUCUCCAACAUCAACACCUGCCAAAUCUUCAAAUGCUGUUCCCGCACUGCAGCCUCCUCCUGGGGAGAGUGCUGCCGCUGCUGCUGCUGCUCCUGCUGAGCCAGCUGAAGAUUCCUUGUUGGACCUGGAUCCACUGUCCUCCUCGGGUCCCUCAGCACCAUCAGCUGCCCCCACGUCUUGGGGAGAUCUUCUUGGAUCAGAAAUGGGCGAUUCCUUGCUAUCUGAACCCACCCUCACGGCAGAGCCCGCCCCCUCCCCUGCAGCAGCAACGCCCACUCCUGCAGCGGCAGAGCCGGGAGUCUCUCUAGCUCCUCCCACUAGCACAGCAACCGCCACCUCCCCUGGCGCCGCCAAUAUGGAUCUGUUGGGAGAUGCCUUUGCAACACCUGCUCCUGCCACUGAGGCCUCUGCAGCAGCAGCUGAAGGUGGGGCCGCUGCCACGUCUGCCCCAGCCGCCAACGCUGGAGCUGACCCCUUUGCUUCCUCGGAUGGUAGCACCAACGCAGCGUCUUCAGGUCUAGACCUUUUCAGCAUGAUGACAGCAGAGAAUAAUAACCCGGGUAGCUCGCUGGAUGCCUGUUUCACCUCUGUGGUGCCCCAGCCCUCCCCCUCCCCUUCCCCUUCACCGCUCUUCACCUCCGCAUCCAGCACCAUCACCACCACUGCAACCAUUUCAGCUCCCAGCGCGGCCAACCCUGCGACUGAUCUUUUCAGCGAUCUCUUUGAUUCCAUGCCAGAUACGAGCUUCACCAAAGCAGACCCCGCUCCCAGUGUUGACUUGUUUACAGCAGCGGAUGUGUUCAGCUCCCCUGCCCCCAUCCUGUCCUCCGCACCCCCACCCAAAAUUGACACGGGAGCCAUCAUGAACCUGUUUGGUGAGUCCACAGGAGGAGAUGCCACAGCCGCUGCUGCUCCUGCCGCCCCCGGUGCAGAGCUCAUGUCAGUAUUUGAUGGACUAGGGGAUGUAAUGAAGCCCACUUUGACCCCUCAGGCGGGGGAUGUUGACACCUCCAUGGCUAACAUGGCAAGUAAUCUCACAAUGGGAACCGCAGCGGCACCUCAGGUAGCUCCCCCCUGUUGGGGUGCUCCCAUGCCCGGGGCACCAGGAGCUCCCAUGAUGCCCAUGGUGAGGCCAGGCUUUCCUGCGACUGGGGCGACCCCCGGAGCACCGAUGUCUCCUGGAGCAGCCCAGAGCCCCAGAAAGCCUCCACCACCGAGGAACGCUCUGGAUGACCUCAACAUUAAGGACUUCAUGUAGACUGACUGACCUGUAAACCCCCAAGGUUUGUCAUCGUGUCUGGAGCUCUGUGGAUGUGGAUGUCUGCACUCCCCCCACUGCCUUCCCCUCAGUCAUGCCCUCAGCCCCCCCCAUCUCAGCCAACCAGCCAUUACAUCUGCGAUCUCUGCCCUCUGACCUCCUACCACGCCCCCCCCCCCUCCUAAAAUAAAACCUGCCCUCCUUAUCUAAUGUUGUAGCACAACUGUGAAUGUGAACCCUAGAUACAGAAAAACAAAACUCCGUUUAUGUGUGUGUGGGUGUGCGUGUAACUCAGUGUUAACCUUUACUUAAUAUACUACGGAAAAAUGAACAAAAAAAAAUAAAUAAAUGUGUAUUUAGAUUCAUUCUGGAUUUCCGCGUAUCAGCUGACUUGGAAUGGUGGAUAAAUGUUGGUUUCUUUGCGCAUCUCCCAGACGAGGACCGUGUUGUUUAAAUGUGGACUGUGUUCGGUGUGUGUAACUUCACUGGCCAACCCCGACUCCCACUCCUCCACCCCCCCAGUUGUCCAAAAACUAAUACUGAGCUAUGUUUAUGUCAUUAAAAACUUGGUUGUACCUAUAUCUGCUCGGCCAUCCAUCCUCCCGCGUGUCUACUUCCAACAAAAUGUACCUGAAAACAACUUGCGAUCGAAUCUGGACUUAUCAUCGAACACAUCAAGUUGUGUUCAGUUUCAUUUUUACUUUUGUUUUUUUUUUAGGGAUCGUGUGAAACAUGCAAAAAUUUGUGAACUGUGUUCGAAUUGACAUAUGCAUUUUAGACUGUUUUAAAUGAUAGAUUAUUUUCUUUAUUCUUUAUUUUGUGAGAAAAAAAAUGUAUCAUAUAUUUUUAGUUAAAUUAUAAGGUUGAAAUAAGGCAAGUAGACUUUAAAAAAAAAAAUCCCCGCCUUCUUUGUACAUACCUCUCAAUCUGUAAUCAGAGGCAGUAUUGAAUGGAAACUUCGCCCCGAGUGUUUACUGUUGCGCCCCCAGCUGGUGUGGAGUGAUACUGCAUCGUAGCAUGCGACAGGUCAAUCUGGGAUGCAUCAAACUCUCAGAGAGCUCCUUCCUCCACAUAAGACGUUAAGGGAAGGAAGUGUUUGUGUAUGUGAUUGGGAUGUGGCCUCUGUCCUCUCUGCAGCAGCGCUCGGUACAUUUGUUCACGUGCUGCAGGUCUGGAGGACUCUCACUGUAAAGCACUCAAGUAUACGCUGGAUGUUCUGUGUGUUGUUUAUUUCCAAAAGUGACUGUAUCUUAAUCCAUUGUGGCAAGUGUUGAAAGAAAAAUAAAGAUGACUACGACACGUUUAAAAAAAAAAAAAAGAAACAAUGAGAAUGUGGAUAAAUAAUGUUUGCUAAGUAUUCAACAUGAAGGCUGUGUUGUUUUUCUUUGGGUUAUUAUGGAUGGCAUCGUUCUUUCUCCCUCACCCCCACCUGCAUGUGAGUCCAAAUGAGAUGCAAUAAAAGACAAAUACACUGA